AUGACACUUCCUGAAAUGGACAAUUCUGGGGCUGCUCAGCUACACAUCCCUGCAUUCGGAGAUAUACCCGUUGAUUAUGAAUUUGAAGCCGGGCAAAGAUUUGCACAUGGUGCCCUACCUAACCACCCACACAAGCGGGGUCGAGCAGCCCGUUUGACUAUCACUGAACUAUUUAUGCUUCGUUUAAUGGAAAGAGUGAUGGAGAUACCGAAUUGGGAACAUGAUGUGUUCAAUGACAAAGUUGUUGCUAAGUGGUAUGCAGAUGCGGUAUCAAAUUCGAAGCCAUCGGAGCAACCAGACCCUGAAGCUAAAUCUGAUAUGAAUGUCGAUAUGGAUCUUUUAUCGCAGAAGACAUGGGAUUGGUGCAUUGCAGAGCUACGGGACAAGGCCGAAGACUUUCGAAAACAGAAGUUUGUCCUUACUCUGAAUGCCGAUGCGGGCAUCUGCAAAUCAGAUGAACUGAUUGGAAGUCUACUGCAAACUGAACUACAAAACGAGUUCGGAAAAUGUGUUCCGUCGAACUUAGGAGAUCUGUCAGAGAGAUGCCAUUCGAUUCCGAUGCACGAUCUGGUUGAUCCUUCGAAGUUCAUGCUAGUCUACGGCCGGACCGCCGUGCUCAGUCAAGGAGGCUUUGUACCCAUGGUAGAUGAUGGUCUAGCAUAUCCGAUUAUUGCAUCAAAAGCCAUUGUCGCACCAACACCAGAGCAUCCGCUUGACAUAUACACAACCAAGUCGUCACGAUACGAGGGGGGCUCUCGGCCAUAUGAUUAUGAAGUCCGCCAUUUUUACCGUUGGUCCAAUCGGUUUCAGUGGCUUCCAUGCGAAGUAGAAUUUGCUGAGCGAAAAGCUUCUGGCACAGAGGUUCGCAUAACUUCAUAUAUCAAUGACCUCCACCCAAAGAAUCAGUCAGCUUAUACAGCAAUUGAGAAACUCAUUUCCUUGAGCUUAGAUCCCUGGAAUCAAGUUUUGAUCAAAGGGACAACCAGCCGCCAUCCACUGCGGAUCAAGACCUAUGGGUUUGAGGAAAGUGACACCAACGGUAGAUACAAACCCAAUAAACCCGGUUCCUACUACGGUGUGCCUGGACACCACUGGAAAGAAGAGGAAUGGAGCUCUUAUAUUGCGACGGUCAAAGAGUACCUGGCAUUGCCAGAACCUGGUCAGAAAUAUGAAAUUAACGAUGAUUCCCCGGAGGACUCCAGAGGACCUGGUGAUCUCUUUGCCGCAUUGACUCCGGAGGUUCUGACAGGCUCAGCAAUGCAUGAGCUGGCCGAAUUGAUAGAGUUGAAAUAUUAUAGACUUAAUACUUUCAAAUAUCCAGGGGCGGGAGUCUCGUACACUUACGAAGAUUGGAAAAAUGGCAAAACGUGGAAGCCGAUAAUUGAAAAGGCCAGAAGCCGCGAUGACAUCCGUCUCAAUGUUCCUGUACUUGAUGCAAGUUUGUUGGGCAAUCACCCAUACCAAAACAUUUGCUUACAAGAUGAGUUUCGGACGAAGGGGCUACAAGUCAUUGUUCGUGUAUCUAGCAUCGAACUCACCCCGAAAGAACCAAUCUUUCCUGGUGACAGUGACUUCCACGUCGAUGGUCUUCUCAAUGAGCAUAUCGUGGCUUCAUCGCGAUACUAUUACGAUGUUGAGAAUGUGGAAUCACGGAUAUCGUUUCAACAAGAGAAUGACCUCUAUGAAUGGGACUAUACUCCAGAGCCUGAUGCGAUGCACAAAAUAUUCGGUAUUCCGCAUACCCUUGAAUACCUUGAAUUCCACCAUCUCCCAUUUCCCCAAAAGAUUCAAAAUCUUGGUUCCUUGGGAGUGAAGCAGGGCCGCUUCUUAGCUUGGCCCAAUACUCUACGAUACAAAUUGCAGCCAUCCACACUCAAAGACAAAUCUUAUUCGGGUCACCAACGGUGUGUUAUCAUCUACUUGGUCGAUCCCCACUACCGCAUAUGUUCUACCCGCAACGUCCCCAUACAGCGGCAUGACUGGUGGCGCGAAGCUGCUCUGGCGGCUGAGACAACCAAUGCGGCUAAACUACCUCAGGAACUUGUUGAUCUAAUAAUGAACGAAACAAGAGACUGGCCUAUGGGAACCAGUGAGGCAGCGAGACAUAAAAAAGAAUCCGAAGAGGAACGCAAAUUUGCUGUGAAAGCCCAGACUGAUGGAAUUGAUCAACACAAUUUCGAAGGCCCUAUGAUUCACGCGUAA